GGGAGAGAGAGAGAAGAGAAACGAGAUAAAUGAAACAGGAACCAGAAAGAAAAGCUUACAGUUCAGAAGUAGUGAGGAGAGAAAGAGAAGCAGAGAUAGAGAUGAAGGAAGCAACGAAGGGAUUGACAAGCGAGGAGAAGGUGGCGAUAGGGAUGAUAGGACGGAGCGCGAGUGAGAAGGAGAGGACGAAAAUGAGGGAAAGACAGAGAAGGGCCAUCACCACUAAGAUCUUCAACGGUUUGAGGAAGCAUGGUGGUUACAACCUCCCUCCUCGGGCUGACAUCAAUGACGUUCUCCGUGAACUCGCUCGUGAGGCCGGUUGGGUUGUCGAACCCGACGGCACCACCUACCGCGCUACCUCAUCCACUACCACCAUCACCACCCCACCCAACAUGGUGGCAAUGGAGCAGGUGUCCCACUUCCAGAGCUGCUGUAGCACCUGCAUCACCGGAAAAGGCAGCGGCACCCCUACUCCUACCAGUAGCUUCGGCGGAGGAACCGGAGGUGACUGCUCCACUACCGCCUCCCCUCGCCAUGCGACCUUUUAUGACGCAACCCCACCUCGUGCUGGCCCUGGCUGUGGUGGUAAUGGCAGCGUACCCACCUCCUACCUCGGCUCCCACUUCGGCAUGCCCUACGCUCGCAGCGUUCCUGGUAUUGGCGUUGGCGCUAUGCCCCACCUCUCCACCGCCCAAUCUCUGGCCUUCAUGAUGCCGCAGCAGCAUCAGCAACUCUACUUCCAGGAGACCAGAGCGUCCAACCAGAUCACUCCCGUCGCGUCUCCGCAGCAGCGCCGUACUUAGAAAAAGAAAAGGGCACUGUCACCAAUUUUUGUCCUACUCCACUCACCCUUCUUUUUGAGAGUACAUCUGAGAAUUCUCUCUAUUUUCUUUUCUUUUUUGAGUGCAAUCAGGAAAUUCAGAGAACCGGGAAUUGGUUCUUUCAGUUCUUCGCCCCUUGAUGGUUGAAUUGGACAGUGAACCCUCUUUUUGUGUGUGAAAAGUGAAACAAGAAAAGUUUAUAAUGUAAAGGUUCAUGCUUCUUUUUCUAUAAAACAUUUUCAAAUGUUUAAUGGGUUCAAUUAUUCAAUGCCACCACGGGACUCGUACAUUUGACAAGGAAAAGAAAUUAAAGCUCUUAAGGUUAGGGUUGCCGAAAACUUUUACUCAAAACAUUGAAACAUCAAAGAACACAAAUUGUUGGUCGUAGGCACAGUUUGGAAGAGUACAAAUACAAAUAUGUAGUAUUUGUAUUCCUUCCAAACUGAGCCUAAAGCACAAAUCCUUGUCAAAGGUUUCUGAGCAAUUGUUCGUUCUAAAUUGUAGACAAGACAUGGUCAACGAUGUCACAGAAAGAUCCCAAAGUUAGCGGCUGUUCAUGGAAUCAUGGUAGCGAAACCACUGUUUGUUACAAAGUAUUCUGAUACUUCUCGCUUGUGCAAACUAAACAAUGCCAAAUUUAACUUUUCCAGAUACAGAAUUACAGUGGACUUUCAUGACAUCCAAAAGCUAAAUCCAACCAUAAGUCAUCCCCCCCCCCCC